CGGUGAAGUUGUUGACUUCGCAACGAAAUACCUCAUAAUUCUUCUUACACCUUGAAAAACAUGCGAAGGGCAUCUAGUGAUGGUUCGUGCUCGGUGGCGUCAUCUCCGCGAAUAUUUGCGCACUCAUCGUCAAUGGAUACAGCAGCAUCUUUCACAUACUCUGAUGAAUCUUCGAGCACAUUUGCUCCGACUCUAUUGGAUGAUUCUGCAACAUCAGGCAUUUAUUCCGAUCGAUCUCGAGAAAUAUUCGCACAAACUUCGGUAGACCUAUCAACAGCGGCACUUAUCUCAGAUUACACUUUGGCUAGAGCUGAUCUGUUGGAGAGCGAGGCACGGUGUGAAAUAGCACGCCAACGCAUCACCGAUUAUGAGAUUAGAAAUUUCAUGCAGGUACACCAAAGUCCGGAGUUUCUUGAUUUUCACUACGAACACUUGCAGCGCAUCGUAGAGAAUGAUGAUUUGAAUGUGAACUCUGAGGCAGAUGUUUUCCGGGCAAUCAUGCGUUGGUAUAAAGAAGACACAAAAGCGCGACAAGAACACUUACCAAAUUUGAUUGGCUGUUUGCGUCUCACACAAUUCGAUGUCGAAUUUUUAUACUCGAAUAUAAACACGCUGCCGGGCUGUGAGCUGCUGGUGAAUAGAGCAGUGGAAUGGCUGCUUCGCCCAUCAGCGCGCUCCAAUAUAAUGUUGCGUUUCACAAAACCUCGGAAGGGUCUGCAAGCAGAAGAAGAAACAUAUUGGUAUGCAGUCCAGACGCGAGGAGACCGCAGGUUCGCUGAGAAAUGUGUUUUGCGCUACAACAAAGUCGAUGGUGAAUGGCAGAAGUGGGCUGAAAUAAAAUUGGAGCGCAGCAACUUCGGCGUAGUUCAAAUGGAUGAUAGCAUUAUCUGCAUUGGCGGCUUGGGACGUAACAACAGGCCGAGCAAUCUUGUUAGUCGAUACAAUCUGAAUACCCAAACCUGGGAGCAAAUGCCGUCAAUGGAACAGCGUCGAGUUUACUUGAGUGUAACGCUUUUGGAUGGCAAAAUGUAUGCUUUUGGUGGGCAGGACGAGAAAUACCAAGCACUCAACUCAGUGGAAAUGUUCGAUACUACAGCUGGUCAUUGGCAAACACUUUCUAGUAUGUCAAUACGGCGUGCGGGUACUGGUGCCGCUGUUUUGGAUGGCAAACUCUACGUAAUUGGCGGCUUCAAUAAAACGCACUUAAGUGUGGUUGAGCGCUAUGAUCCAGCGAAGAAUAUCUGGGCACAAUGCACGGAUAUGAACGAUGCACGUGGCUGGCCUGGAGUAACUGUACAUAAUGGACAAAUCUAUGUAGUCGGCGGUUGGUUUAAUGGUGCACUGAGAUCGGUGGAACGCUACAGUUUGGAGAACAACAAAUGGUUUAAAAUUUCCGGUUUGAAUGUUGCGCGUGGCAGUAUUUGUGCGGUGUCUAUGAAUCAGGAGUUGUGGGCAUUCGGUGGCUAUAGCGAAGGGGUACUUAAGGACAAUGUGGAAGUGUACGAUGCGGAAAAUGAUAAAUGGAUUGAAAAAAAGAUGCUGCCGGAAGCUGGCAGAUAUGUGCAUUAAGUGAUGGAUAUCACAUAUACAUACACAAAUUUCGGGUUUCUAAUAUUAGCUGAAUAACUUACAAAAGGAUUCGUCUUAGGAAAGUUAAGUUUAGGAAUUAAACUUAGGCAACUUUAACAGAGCGCGAUGUUUUACGAAAAUAUUAUUGACCCCUGAAGAGAGAGUCUGUUUUAUCAGUAAGUGCUAUUUUGGGCUAAUUAAGCAAGUUGGGUGCUCUUAACCAUAUAAACAAAGUCGAGAACUCGGAAAAAAAUUUAAAUUCAAAAGACCACCUGCAAAACAUAAAAUUUUGAAAAAUCAACACUACUUUUGAGCUACUUUGGACUUGCACUCUUGCAAUAUAAUUCUAAGAAGAAGAAAUUUUCUAAGAAUUCUGAUUAAAAAAUGUAAAAUUUUUGAUGAGAAUUAGUGCAUUUCUUUUUAAAUUUGCGUAAAGUUCGAAACUUAUAUUUAUAUAGUUUUUAGAAAAAUCAACCAGAUAUUCAUAAGAAAUUGUAAAAUUAAAUGGAAAACGAAACUGUCCAAACUUGUCAAUAGUUAUUUAAUGCUGUGCAGGUGUAGUGCAAUGGUUAAAGAUCCACGGAUCAUUCAAUCUAAAUGGAGAGAAAUGCUACAGCAUUGAAAGUAGUGGAAGCGGCUUCCACUGGUUGGGGUAGAAGUAAGAACUUUACUUCACUUGAUAUUUCUUAUUAGCUUUGGCUUAAAUGAAAAAAAAACGACUAGCGUGCUAUGAGGAGCUCAACGAAAGUCGGUAGACGAUUACUGCGACCAUAA